AUGGCCACCAAUGGUGUUGCUAGCACCAAUGGGAAGGACCGCUCGCGGUCGCCCAAGAAGGAGCUCAAGACCGACCCAUCCAAGUUGACCGAAGAAGAUUUGCAGGAUGGUUUUUCGGUCCAGCAGAUCUUCACCUCCACGACAACCAAGAGCGGCUACACCUACGAUGAUUUGAUCUGCCUCCCAGGUCACAUCAACUUUGGUGUCCACGACGUAUCCCUGACCACCCGCUUCACCAGGAAGAUCUCUUUGAAGACGCCCAUCGUCUCCAGCCCCAUGGACACCGUGACGGAGUCGGACAUGGCCAUUGCCAUGGCGUUGGAAGGCGGCAUCGGUGUGAUCCACACCAAUCUCUCGAUCGAGGCGCAAGCUGAACAGGUGGCGCGAGUGAAGAAGUUCAAGGCAGGCUUCAUCAUUGACCCGGUCUGUGUGCCCCCCACCAUGACCUUGCAGGAGUUGGAAGAAUUGAAGAGCAAGCUGGGCUUCACAGGUUUCCCGGUCACCGCAGGUGGUAAGAUGGGUCAGCCGCUCUUGGGACUGGUGACCAAACGUGACACCGACUUCGUCACCAACCGCAACACGCGGCUCAGCGAGAUCAUGACGCCGGUGAAGAACCUGGUCACGGUGAAGGAAGGGAUCGAUUUGUUGAAGGCCAACAACAUCCUGCAGACCUCCAAGAAGGGCAAAUUGCCCAUCGUCACCGAGAGUGGUCUGCUAGUGGCAUUGGUGGCUCGUACCGAUAUCAAGAAGAACGUGGAGUUCCCCAACGCCACGAAGGACCCGUUGAACAAAGAGCUACUGGUGGCCGCGGCCAUCGGCACCCGCCCGGCGGACCGGGAGCGGGUGCGCGCCCUGGCGGCCGCUUAUGUGGACGCCGUCAUCAUCGACAGCAGCCAGGGCGACAGCGUCUUUCAACACGAGAUGAUCAAGUGGAUCAAAAAGGAGUUUCCACAGAUUGAGGUGGUGGCAGGCAAUGUGGUCACCAAACAGCAAGCCAAGAACUUGAUCGAGUGCGGUGCUGAUGCCCUGCGCGUGGGGAUGGGCAUUGGAUCCAUUUGUACCACUCAGGAGGUCUGCGCUUGCGGCCGAGCACAGGCUUCCGCUGUAUACAAUGUGGCCAAACUCGCGAGCGUCUAUGGCGUUCCCAUCUUGGCCGAUGGCGGCAUCAGCAGCCCAGGCCACAUUGUGAAGGCUCUGAGUCUGGGGGCGGGCGCAGCCAUGUGCGGCAGCUUGUUGGCUGGCACCUCAGAGACUCCUGGAGAGUACUUCUACUCUGAGGAUGGCAAGCGCUUGAAACGUUACCGCGGCAUGGGCUCCAUUGAUGCGAUGAAGAAGGGCUCGGAUGAUCGAUACUUUGGAACUACCUCAGCCAUCAAGGUGGCCCAAGGAGUCUCUGGCACCGUGCAGGAUAAGGGCAGCAUCCAUCGAUACAUCCCGUACUUGACGCAGGGGAUCCGGCAUGGGAUGCAGGACAUUGGUGCAAAGAGCGUUGAGGAUCUGCAGAGCAUGCUGCAGCGAGGACAGCUGCGGUUCGAGUUGCGUUCCGCAGCAGCUCAGCGGGAGGGUGGCGUGCAUGGCCUUCACAGUUUUGAGCGGAAGCUCUUUGAUGCUUAA